AGAUGUUUCUACAUCUUGACACUCGAGAAUAAAAUGUGAUCUGUUUGUGUGAUAGAAAUUUCUGCGUUCACAAGCUAGGAGUUGUCAUGAAAGUUUUCAACGAUGCUUUAUUCCCAGAAGUAAUGCUUUUACUUUUGAAGUUUGAUAAUAAAUGUCCUGAAUAUUCCAAAGAAAAUAUUUGGCAAGGAAAAAGAGUUGGAUAACCUUCAUUGGAGCACGUUUGAUUUACAGCAGAAUUUCAUCGUUAUCGUUCCUGUCUAUGACAUCACGAGAGUAGGCGGAGCCUAAAUUUUUCUGAGCAAAUCAGUCUGAUUCUCCAACUUGCGCUUUGAUGCGAAGGUCAUCUCUGAGGGCGACGUAAUUUUGAACUUUGUUCUUUCUUGGUAACCGAAGAUCAGCAUGAGUUCGAACGGCCAUUCUAAUCCUAAAAGGCCUAGAAAAGAUAUGUCGCGUCCUUUGACCGUAGUUUUAGGUGCCCAAUGGGGCGAUGAAGGGAAAGGUAAAGUCGUCGACAUGCUGGCUUGCAGUGCCGAUAUUGUGUGCAGGUGUCAGGGUGGUAAUAAUGCUGGUCACACUGUGGUAGUGGAUGGCAAAGAAUAUGACCUUCAUAUCCUUCCUAGUGGUGUUAUAAACAAAAAAUGUGUUUCUGUUAUUGGAAAUGGUGUUGUAAUUAAUUUGCCUCAGUUUUUUGAGGAAGUGAAAAAGAAUGAGGAAAAAGGACUGGCUGACUGUUGUGGCAGAGUUUUUAUAUCAGAUAGGGCUCACUUAGUUUUUGAUUUCCAUCAAACUGUUGAUGGCCUCCAAGAACAAGAAAAAGGGAAAAGCAGUAUAGGUACAACAAAGAAAGGAAUUGGUCCAACUUACUCUUGUAAAGCCAGCCGUAGCGGGAUACGUCUGGCUGACCUCCUCGGAGACUUCUCCUUGUUUGAGGAAAAGUAUCGGCGACUUCUAAAAACUUACAUGCAUCAACAUCCAGAUUUAAAUGUUGAUAUUGAACAAGAAGUGAAAAAGUACAAAGAAUACGCCAAAUCUAUUGCACCAUUUGUUACUGACACUGUAACAUAUCUUCAUGAGGCUAUAAAAAACGGCAAAAAAAUAGUGGUAGAAGGAGCUAAUGCCGCUCUCCUGGAUAUUGAUUUUGGAACAUAUCCAUACGUAACUUCUUCGAAUUGCACAGUUGGAGGAGUGUGUACAGGUUUAGGAGUUCCACCAACGGUUAUAGGAGAAAUAUGUGGUGUUGUGAAAGCUUAUUCAACGAGGGUUGGUGAUGGACCAUUCCCAACAGAGUUGUGUGAUGGAAUUGGUGAAAUACUGCAGUCGAGAGGGGGUGAAAUAGGUGUUACGACGAAAAGAAAACGUAGAUGCGGUUGGUUGGAUGCUGUUUUACUUCGUUACUCAAAUAUGAUAAAUGGUUAUACUUCAAUUGCUCUUACAAAACUUGAUAUCUUGGAUACUUUUGAAGAAAUAAAAAUUGGAGUUGCUUAUCAUUUAGAUAACAAAAGAUUAUUAGCACCACCUGCAUGUGCAGCUGAAUUAGCAAAAGUAGAAGUCGAAUAUAUUACUUUACCUGGUUGGAAAACAUGCACUGAGAAAGUAAGAAAAUUCAGUGAGCUUCCAGUAAACGCACGGAAUUAUAUAACAACAAUAGAGGAGUUGGCCGAUGUAAAAGUUAAAUGGAUUGGCGUUGGAAAAGACAGAUCGUCGAUGAUUGAAGUUUUUUGAUGCUUCAAACAGUAGAAUCCAUUUUGUGUGAAGAAUGCAGUUCCAAGUUUCACCAUGUCAUUCAUAAUGGCUUACUUGUGCUGUUUACUUCGGGAAGGUCAACAGGCUUUUAUGCCAAUUUUAACAGCACCUUUUAAUCAGCUAUUAAAAUUGUUAUUGUCUUUUAUUUAGGCAGAAGAAAAAAAAGUAACAGUCAUUUGUCUGUUUUCUUAUGAUGAUUUAAUAUUCUGCAAUAAAAUUUCUAAUAUUUUUUAAUAAUUGUGUUAAAUGUGUUCAAUACAUCUUGUUUUCAUUACCAUUCAUAUUUGUUCUGAAUUUUGUAAUGCUUUGAAGUAAAGAUGUAAUUAUUUCCUUGUGAAUGUAAUUAUGUUUUUGAGAGAUAAUUUUAGUUAUCUUGCAUAUUAGUUUUGAUAGUUAUGUGAUAAGUUAAAUUAUAGUUAGAAAUGUUUAUCUGUUGUUAUCUUGAUUGUUUAUAAAUCAUUAAGAAUGUUUGUGAUUAAAUGGAUAUCGGUUAUAUGCAGUAAAUUUAUUAUACUGAUGUAUUAAUCCUUAAAAAAUAUGCAAAAUUUGAUUAUUUUAUUACUAAGCAAUUAAACAAUGAAAACUAAUUAUAUAAACUAUAACAUUUUCCGUUUCAUAUAUAAAAUAAUUUUUGUUAUUACUUAAUUAUGCAGUCAGAAUUGUUUCUGAAAACUUCAACAGUUCAGACUUUACUAGUAUUGUUGAUAAAAAGAAAUUUUUCAAAAUUAGUUUGAAUUUUUUUGGCUAUAUUUUAAAUUAAUAGAGGUGAGAGUAGCAGUGUUUUCAAUUCCCAUCCCUCCCCGCUUUCUGUCUAAUUGAAAAGCUAUUUAUUGUAUUACUAUGCAUUUGAAUAGUUGUUUCAAGUGAUUUUUUAAAUGAUAGAUCUGGCCUAGUUUAUCAAAUAAUACGGGAUGUAAAAAACUUGUAUAUUUUCUGAUAUCAUAAAAACCUGUAUUUAAAGCUGCAUAAAAGUUAAUUUUAUUUAUUUUUAAGAUUUUUUAUGUAGCAUUAUCAAUCAAGAUUAUUUUCUUAAAUGAUUUUGGCUGCAAAUCUAAAAAUAAUGAUUAAUAUACUAUAAUAUUUAUUAUCUCUUUAUAUACAGUAAACUUAUUAUAAGAGUAAUGGAGCAAAGUUACUUAUACACUUAAUUUUUUAAGUAAUUUUUUUAAAAGUAUAUCAUAGGGCAAAAAUAAUUUCAUAGUAAAUUCAUUAAAUGAAAUAAGCUAUCAUUUAUGUCACUUCUUUUUAUCUUGCAAUUGCUAAGUUUUUGUCCUCUUACACUUAGUAGUGCCCUCUUAUACUCUUAUUGUACUAAUUAUUUAUUUGCAUUUAUAAGGAAUUAAACAUUAAUUUUCAGUAUAAUAAUUUUAGGAAAUUAAAUUCUUGUGAAAAGAAACCUAAAAAUUUGGAUUUAUAGUAUCAAAUUAUUAGAAACAGGUUAACUUUUUCUACUGGUUGACUCUUGAGAUAUCCUUUUGUUAUGAUGAUCUGACAAGCAUGUUUAUCCUUUAUAUUAUGAUGGUGCUGACAAAUUUGAAAUGUGGGAAUAUAUUGAGGAUACAAAUAAAACCUUCACCAUGUAUUUUGUAAGAGAAGCAUACCAAAAAAAAUAAAUAAAAUUAUGAUUUGUUCAUUUCAAAUUGUGAAAAUAAGUAUCUGGUUUUAAAACAUAAAAAAUAUUAACCAUUAAUUAAAAAAUAAAUCCUUAUCAGCAUAAGAUUUUGGUUGCAGAUUAUUGUUUUAUUUCAAAAUUCCAAAAUAUUAGGUUACACGUUUUUUAAAAUAAUUUUGUCGCCUUCAAAUGACUUUUAGUUUUUAUAUAUUUUUAAUUUACAGUUUACUUCAGAAUUUUUUAUAUGUAAUGACAGUGAACAAAAAAAAAAAAAAAAAAGAAUGAACUGGAUACUGCAUGUAGCAUUUUCACUUUGAAUGCAAACUGUUUGGUGAUAACUGACUGUUUCUCAAGUUGGUUUUAAUAAUUCUUAAUUUUGUAUAAAAUACAUGUUUUUAAAGCUAUAUACAUAUUUAACAAAACUCCAGUGUGAUUAUUGCAGAAAUCAGUAUUAAUCCAUUUCAUUGAAUGUGUAGCAAUUUGUUGCAAGCUGAAUGGCCGUCCAUCUGUUUUUUUUUUUUUUUUUUUUUUGUGCUUUGCUGCACAAUAACUAUUUGCUUCACAGUGAAGCUCUGGGCACCACAGAUGUAUUUGAGCAUAACAAUUUACUUGUAAGUUCAAAUGCAUAACAUAUGCAGUAUAAAAUGACUCCAGCUGGCCUUUUAUAAAAAUCCCUGAAAAGUGUUAAUAGCAACUAUCUUAAAGUAUUUGAAGAAUAGAAGUCAGCUAGAAGUGUAAUAUAAUGUCAGUCAGAAGUUCAAUGUAAUUUUGUCAUAAACAGUACUUUCAUUUUAAGUAUUAUGACUGCCUUGAAGUACUCUCUGUGAAUUAUUAAUGCAGUUAGUCAUCUUAUAUACUGUGUUUAGCCACGUGGAAGAAAGAACUGUGCAAAACAUUUCACCAGUAAAACUUCACAUCAUUUAAAACUAAUUGCUUGUCUUCUUAUUACUUCCAGCAUUUUUGUGUUUAUAAAGCCACACCUUUUAGUUUUUACCCUUAAUUGAAAAAUAAAUAAAAAUAAAAAUUCUAUGAAUAAGCCUGUCUAUUAUUUACAAUAUCUUUUUCAUUUAGAGACAUGAAAGCUGCUAAAAUGGAAACGGUACAUACCACAUACUAAGUCAAAAAUUUUUAUCAGUGAGAAGGAAUUUAUUUCUGUGUUUAGUUACUCUUAUUUAUUGUCACUAUCUUGGUACCUUUGAAGUAGAUGCCUGCAUUAUCAGUAUCACUACUGCAGGUACUAAUAUCCCACAGCAUGUCACCAAGACCUGCAAUCACAACUAGUCUUUUGCAAUUCUAUGUAGCAUUCAGCCAACCAGAAUAGGUUUUAUGCUCAGUCGUUAAAUAUGUGCUGCUGUGUUGGCACAUGUUUGUAUGUGCUAUUUCUAAUCAUUCAUGUGUGUAAGCCACACUUCUGAUUUUCAUAAUUCUUUCUUGGGUGAGCAAAGUUUAUGCACUCUUUAAAUUUUUUAAAACAAAAGUUAAAUUUCCUUGUGUGGAAGUGCAAAUUUUGUAUUCUGAAUUUGAUAUGCUGAAAAAUAUAGAUUAUUUAAAGCAUUUGAACUUCUGUAGUGUCUGUUUUUAUUACAUAAUGUAUCUGCUUAUAUUUCAUGUAAUAAGUUUAAUUAAAAUAUUCUCAUAAAAUAUCAGUAAUAUGUUGCAAAAGGUUACAAAUUAUAAUUUAUGGUUUAAAAGUAAUUUGAAUUUUAACGUCUUUGAAUUUUUUGCAUCGAAAGUCAAGUCACUGGAACAUUUUCUCUAAGAAAGAACUUAUUUUUACCUUUUGUGGAAUGGUUUUUGCUUAACAUUUUAAGAAAUAAUUAGUGUUCGUUCAGCCACCAAAAUCUGAAAAGAAAGUGUUUGUGUAUCAUAGUACAUUUUCUAAUAUAAAUAUUUGAUGGUUUAAAUAUUCCUUUAAAUAACUGCCUGCUGUUUAAAAACUGAAUUAUAGCUUAGAAUUCGAGAAGGGAGGCCUGCCUUCCCCUUUGAAUGAAACUAUUGGGGUUUUGAUAAAAAUUGGGAUUAUUAUUUUUAAAAUCAAUUGAAAUCUUUUAAGCUUUUUUUGGUUUGUUAUGAUGCAGGACAUUUUAGUAUUUUUUCAUAGCAGAUUUAUCUGCUAAAUGCAAAGCUGUGCACAAUUUUAAUCUAGGUUAUUUAAACGCAUUUUCAAAAAUAAAGUCUGAUCAAACCUUUGAAUGCUACUUUUUGCAUUUUAGAAAAGUUCUAAAUGUAAUUUCAGAAUCAGCUGAUCAUUUUAAAAUAAAAAUUUUUUCGUGUUUUGAUACCAAGGUGUGUAAUAAAAUGGAUUUGUGUUUUACAUCAGGGUUGUUUAUAAAUAUACUAUUAUUUAUGUCUGGCUGAAACCUGAAGGUGUAACUUUUAUAUUGUUCUUACAUAAGAAAUAUGUUAAAUAUAGCCACAAACAACUUUUGUGUCUGGAAGUGUCUCUCAUAAAAUAUGUAAACUUUGCUUCUACAGUUUUAAAAUUUAAAGUAAUUAUAAUGAAAUACUUUGUAAAAAUAAACUGCUAUUGGAACAUUGAUUAAACAUUUAACUAUAGUAGUUUUUCAAUAAACAGUGCUGUGAACAUUACUGUUUUUACUUGUGGGUAUAUUAGUGCUGUAUAAUUAUCCUCAGUAUUAUGUAAUGUUUCCUAGCUAUUCGAAAUGACAGUACAAGGAACUUUGUGACACGUUAAAAUGUGCCAGAAAUCAUUUGCCAUUAUUAGAAUGGCUUCUGUCAUGUAUUCUGAACAGAUCUGUAUGUAUGGAAUAUUUCUAAUUUGGGUCUAUUGAAUGUUUUGUUGAUAUGCUAAUUUCCAAUUUUUAUUAUAACAUUUGCAUGCAUACUUUUCUUAAAAUUUUGAUUUCAUUAUUUGUCAGAUUCUGAUAGAACUUGUUUUCUUCAGAAAGUCAUUUAUUGAUUUACAAUAUGUGAAAAUUGGUAAACUUGAAGCCGAUUUCAAGUUUACCAACUGUGCCUUUUUUUUUUUUUUUUUUUUUUUAGGUACUUAAACCAUGAUUACAUGGAUCUGCAUUAUUGACAAAAUGAAUGGCUGAUUUCUCAGACAAUCCCCCCUUUUCUAAGAGUACAUUUUAGCAUUUGAAUAUGAAUAAAUGGGGGGGGGGAAUUCUAACUGUAAAAUAUAUUUAAAAAAAAAAAAAAAAAAAAACAACUGAACUAGUUAACAUCUAAUUGUGCAUGUUGUAAUUACCUUUGCAUGUGUUACAUAAUAUAAUAAAUUCAUGUGUGUGUGUAACGCAUAUAGCAACUGUGCAUGAAUCUACUUUGCGUAACAAACUCAUGUCAGAUAUUUGGAGGAAAGAACCUGUAUUGAAAUUCGAAUAAAACUGUGAUAAAGUAUGGCACAUUUUUACUGUGUAUUUCAGUUCUAUCCCUGUUGCAUUUAUAUCGGGCAUUGAUGGUAGUAUAAUGUAUUUUUAAGCAAAUAUGUCUCUUCUUUGCACAUGUUUUGAUGUAGGAGAUAUGUCAAAAUAAAAAUUUUAAUGUACUAAA